UGGGCGGAGCGUACCCUCCUCACGUGCUCGCAAUGGGCCUCUGGAGAUGGGCGGGGGGGGCGGACGAAGGAAAGGGGCGGGGCGAGCCCCGCGCCGUUCUCUCGCGAGAAGAGAGGAGAGGCACCAGGAAGGGCAUUCCCGGAAGUGCCGUCUGAGGCGCCGAGGGUCGGCGGGGUCGCCGACGUUGGUCUGACAGCAGCCUCACCUCCCGGUUCCCCUCCUCUGCCCCAGCCCCGCGGUUUCUGAGGCGCCGCCGCUUCGGCACGUUCGCCAUGGACGAUACCCUGUUCCAGUUGAAGUUCACAGCAAAACAGUUGGAGAAGUUGGCCAAGAAGGCUGAGAAGGACUCGAAGGCUGAGCAAGCCAAAGUCAAGAAGGCUCUUCAGCAGAAAAAUGUGGAGUGUGCUCGGGUCUAUGCUGAGAAUGCAAUCCGUAAAAAGAAUGAGGGUUUGAACUGGCUUCGAAUGUCUUCCCGUGUGGAUGCAGUGGCCUCCAAGGUCCAGACAGCCGUAACCAUGAAGGGGGUAACUAAGAAUAUGGCUCAGGUAACCAAGGCCCUGGAUAAAGCUCUCAAUACCAUGGACCUGCAGAAGGUAUCUGCUGUAAUGGAUAAAUUUGAACAGCAGGUUCAGAAUCUGGAUGUUCACACUUCGGUUAUGGAGGACUCAAUGAGCUCUGCUACCACACUGACUACUCCUCAGGAACAGGUGGAUAGCCUUAUUGUGCAGAUUGCUGAGGAAAAUGGCCUGGAAGUCAUGGACCAGCUUAGUCAGCUUCCUGAAGGGGCCUCUGCUGUAGGAGAGAGCUCUGUUAGGAGCCAGGAAGACCAGCUGUCUCGAAGGUUGGCGGCCUUGCGGAAUUAAACUGUACCUCAGCCUGAUGGACUGCUUUCCCUACAAUGAUCACGUCCUGGAAAGGGAGUGGGAGGGAAGCUCCAUCCCCGACCCUUCCACAGCCUCUGCAAAGAGAAGCAGCCAACUCCUCCCUCCACUAUUGCCCUUUGCCCUGCCAGUCUGUGAUGGUGUUGGGAUUUACCCUUUUCUCUGGGUGCAAAUCUCGGUGUGGGGAGUGAGCUCUUGCCAUCCAUACGUACCUUGUUUCCGUGCCAUUGGACCACUGCUGAAGCAUUGACAGACCCAGUGCAUCACUUGGGCUUUGGUGUUGUCGACUGGGCUCUUGGUGGAGGUUGGGCCAUGCUGUCUGGAUUCUGACAUCUUCAGAGGAAUAUCUUUUCUGUACACUUGAAGGAAGACUGACUUGAUUUUAAUGCAACACUACUUGUUAUUUUAGGGGCUUUAGGUAAUUAGACUCUUUGGUAUUGCUUCAUUUCCAAUAUAUUGCAUGUCUGGGUCCUAUUCCCAUAUAAAGUUGAAUCAGCCCCUUCCGGAAAGAGCAAGGCAUCUUUGGCCAAGGCUACGUGCACCAACAGAUUUUCAUUUUGCAGAUAUCUAACUAAGAAAUGGACUCUACAGCGGGUGUGUGGCAGAAUCCCCCAACCUCCUUGGGCACUGACUGGGUACAGAAAGGGGUUCCUGGUUCUUGUGACUGAAUUGGCUGCUGGGUGGGCCUCAGUGAUUCCUGUCCCCCCUGGUGAUUCUAAUUGGUCAUAUUGGUGAGUUUGGUUUUGUGCAGAUCAAGUGACCCCUUAAAAAUUUCCCUCCCAGAGAGUGGUCUUUUAGGAAGGAACUCUCUUCCUCCCAUUGUUAAAGGUGUAGACUCCCUGACCCCAGACCAGACUUUGUUCAAAGUCUCUCAGUUACUUGUUCAGCUGUUCUGUCAGAUGUAUUCCUUCAGUGAACAGCAUGAGGGAGAACAGCUGGUUUCUGUGCUCUUAGGAACUGGGUCUGUUCUUGGGGGCAGGUUGGAGGAGACACAUGAAAAAUGGUAGUCUCUAAUAGACAUGGUAUCCCAGAAGUCUUAGUGUUGUUGUGAACUCUUGAGCUUAGAGCAGCCUAUUGUACCAGCUUCCUUCCCCAAUUGGAAUCCAACAACUGGCUAUUAAGGCUUAGAAUGGCAGUAGGCUUUUUGGGACACACUGCAUAUAAGCCUUACCUUUCCUGGGUGACACUUGCCCAGGGAGUCCUGCUAUAGUCCCUGAAGACACUGCAGUGGGUGUUUAUAAUCAUUUUUAAAUCCUUUCUUAGUUUCUUAGAGAGAAGUGUUGUGGUUUACAUUUCAACUCUUACCAAAAAUUGGGUUAUUAAAAUUGAUUCAUAAUUCGAAUCUCUGCCAUAGUAUCGGUAGCUAAUGAUAAUGUGUGUUUAUACGGCUCCUUUCCUCCUCAACAAACCAAGGAAAGCUCAUGACCUGAGGGAUGAGGGAAUGUCAGUAUUCCCUCAGACUGGGUGCCUCAGGAGAACAUUGCCUUUAUGUACAGAAGGCUCAAAAUACCUUCUUGUUGUUUGUGCCAUUUUGUUUAUUUCUUCUUCCAUUUAUUAGAAAUGGGAUUCUUAUUCUUUCCUCCCUUUCCACUCCCCAUUGGCAGUUCCUCCAAGCCCCAUCUGCUCACAUCUGUUGUUUCCCUUGUGAAGGGGCUCUAUUUGGGACACUGGGCUUGUGAAGGUGGAUUUGGACAUUAAUCCACAGAUGUCAGUAAAAUUUUAGGGACUAUCUGCAGCUCUGAACCAUUGGAAGAAAAGCAAAAAAGAUUAAUAGUGUGCUUGAUUUUAUUAUUUUCCCCUCUUCUUCCCCUGCCCAAAUAGCUCUUUGCAGUACUGCAAUAAAAAGGGUGAGCUCAGAAUAGUUUUCCUUCUGCUGAUACUCCAUUUUCUUGAAGCUUCAGAGUUUUUUUGACUUUUUUGUUUCUUGUCAGUGUGGAAGGAGCAGGCUAUUUGAAGUAAAUCUUUUUAGCAUCCCCACCCCAACACACAUACUCAGUAAGAUUGGUACUUGGAGAUGUCACCUUGUGCCUAUACAUGGCCAGCUUUUUCCUGUGUAGUCUUCAUCAAGGAAUACCCAUAGGUAGGUUCCAAAUUGUCCGUGCUGCAUAGUAAGGGAAUUGUAUAUAUUUUUUAUGAGUUGUAUAUAGAUAUGUUUGAAAAUCUUUACUUUUGAUCCUUUACCUUUGAUCCUUGUGGCCUCGGAAGCAUCUGGAUUCAGUGUAAUAAAAAAGUAAAAAAAAAUCCUCCUUAAGGAUUUCCUUCGAAGAUUGGAACUUGGAUGUUGGGUCAAAGCCUUGCGUGAGAGAGAGGCCCAAGAACCUUUUCUCUUUUGGGUGGGGGUGUGUACCAGUGGAAGCUAGAGAGAUUUCAGGCUUGUUACUAAGGUGGUGAUGCCCUGCUUUUCCCACCAUUGGCUUGGAUCGUGGAUGAAGAGUCAGGAGUUAAGUGAUCUACCCAGGAUGGAUGCUCACUUUUGGAAACACCUUCCACAGACUCCCCAGCCUUCAAGAACGUAACCGAAAGCAUCACGAGAGAAAAUUGUAAUUGCUAAAAGGGCAGUCUCAGAAGCAUGGAGGAACCCACAAUGUUAUUGAACUGUACCUUGUUUUAGGCCUAUACAAUCAGGGGCCUUCUGGGUUUGUCACCACAGAACCAGGUGAUGAGCCUGGUGCCCAGAGGGGCCCAGCACCGGAGGAUAUGGUGGGUUCUUAUGUUCAUCAAAGGAACAGGCUAAUUUGCCUUAAAACAAUCAAUACUCUUAAUUUCCUACAGUGUCAUUUUGAGUAAACAAGUUCUUAUCCCUGAAAUCUCAACUUGUUGGUUUGGGGAGCUCCCUCAAAAAAUGUAUGGCUGGGGAAGCAAGAGGAUGCAGGGUAAGGGAUUGAGCAUCAGUCCAGUUGUCCAAUCCCUUACUAAUUCCCUUUAGCAGCUGACAGAUUUUCUUUCUUGAAUGGGUCAUGUCUUUGUGUGUGUCCUCCACUGGUUCUGGUCACAGUCUUGGCGACCCUUUCUGCCUUGGACCAUGCCCAUCUAACUCCUGGGAGGUAUUGUGCAACAGGUCUUCCUCGAUUUCUCAGAUAUAAGAAUAUUGGAGAAGAGCACAAUCGAAAAAGACUUUAAAUUCUUUUUUUGUUGAACUUAUUUUUACAUAUGGAAAAGCACUAGGAUUAUAGAUUUAAAGCACAAGGAACCAUAGGGGCCACUUAAACCAAGCUCAUUUUACAUAAGAGGGGCUGAAGCCCAGGACAGUUGAAUGAAUUUGUUCAAGAUUAAAGCAGGUUAAAUCUUGACUCCAGGUAAGCUGACCUCUAGGCAAGUGUUCUGCUCACUCUGCCAUGAUGGGUUAUAGUAGCACUUCCCAGAAAGGAUUGCUUACCUUAUGGCGGUAAUAUUGGUAAAUUACCAUGGACUCCCCAGGGUCUCUUUUUCUUAGCUCUUUUAUAUGCAAAUCAGGAUUUUUCCAGACUUCAGCCAAGUAGCAUUUCCCUUUCUCCUUUUAUUUAAGUGAUAGUCUGGCUGUAUUAAGGCCUGGAGAUGAUUAGUUUUUCACAUUUCCUGAUAGCAAGUGUAAUGGAAAGAGCAUUGAAUUCAGAGUUGGAGAACAUGGGUUUGAGUGUCCUGACAAAGGCCCUUAUUACCUGUGACCCUCGACAAGUGACUUCAACUUGUGGGCUUCAGUGGUCUAGCUGGGAGUAGGGGGAAAAAAAAGAGGACAUAGGCAAAAAGGGGAGUGGGAGGGCUCAGAAAAGGACAUAAGAAUUUCCAGAUUCCACUGAAAUCAUCAGUAGGCCUGGAAGUUGUAGACGAAAAAUAAAAUUCUUUUGAUGUCUAUUUAAGUGUAACCACUCCAAAGAUCUUCCUAGCUUGGACACAACUAUUCUUAGAAUGCCAAGUCAGCUGUAAUUACUUUGUACCCCACAAGAGGGUGCCAUUUUCCUACAAAGCUAAGUCUUCCUCUGAUUAGGAAAUAAGUCGGGCCAUCCCAAACCAGGUGGGAUAAAGGCCCCAUUGAUAGAACUGCAUGAAAAAAACAAAACAAAACAAAAAAAAACCAUGAUAGCCAUAUUUCUGACCUUAGCUGUCCAGUCAAUGCAUAAUCUGAAAUGUGAUCCUGCGAAGAAUGAGGUUUCCUAUGGGGAGGAGGGCUGGAGGAGGCAGAAUUUUGACAGUUUCUCAAUUCUAAGAUGUAAACCCAUUAGUCUUAAGCUGCAGAGAAUGUUAGAUACAGUCUCGGAAGAUGCAGUCAACAUCCAGUGAGGAUCAGGCUGCUCUAGGACUCUACUGCAUGAACUGAGACAGUGAGAAUAGGCCAGGACUUGAAAGCGGAUCCAAGGUCUGUUGUAUUUUUUUUUUUCCUGAAGCCUCAAAGCCUUUCAUUGAGCUCAUAAUGCAUUUUUUGUAAUACAUUGGAGCCAACCUAAAAUGGGAAGCUAAAAAAUAUAAUCCCUUGUUUCAAUGAAUAAAUGUCACUAACAACUGC